AUGCAUGCACCCCCGCAGAUGAAUGCGGAGAAGCUGCAGAAGAUGGCCGGCGCCGUCCGGGUGGGCGGCAAGGGCUCUGUGCGCCGGAAGAAGAAGGCCGUGCACAAGAACACCUCCACCGACGACAAGCGGUUGCAAGGCACCCUGAAGCGCCUGGGCGUGAACACCAUCCCCGGCAUCGAGGAGGUGCUGCUGAUCAACAACGACGGCAGCGCGCUGCAGUUCCUGAACCCCAAGGUGCAGGCCUCCAUCGCCGCCAACACCUACGUCGUGUCCGGCCCCUCCCAGCAGAAGCGCGCCCAGGACGUGCUGGCCUCCAUGCUGGCCGGCAUGGGCGGCGUGCCCAACAUGCAGUCCCUGGCCCAGCUCAUGGGCGGCGGCGGAGCCGGCCUGCCCUCCUUCAACCCGGAGGGCGCGGCCGACGAGCCUGAGGGCGACGACGACGUGCCCGAGCUUGUCGGCGACUUCGAGCAGGCAGCAGCAGCCAAGGCCGAGUAG